GCGGUACGUGGGCGCAGCGCAGGCCGGCGAUCAUGGCGAAGGUGUCGGCAAGCACGCACCAGGACCCGGCCAUCAUCGACAUGAUGGAGAUCAGCAAGAAGCGCCCGCCGAAGCUAAAGUCAGCUGAUCGCACCGUUUCGGUACGCAUCGACAACUAUUCGCCCGGCAGUGGUGGUGCAGGCGGCCCCGGAGGAUCGUCUGGCGGGGGUGGUGGCGGUGGAAGUCGGGAGGGCAGUGGGAGCGCUACCGGUGGCAGCAGUCCCAUCAUGCUGGACAACAGCCUGAUCUUGCACCACAGUCCGGUGGAACGGUUAUCGCCUAUUCCGAUGCAAAAGCACUCACCCGACCCAAAGGUUUUCUUUCGCGGGGAGGCCUCGCCGACGUCACUCAAGGUGGAGGACCCGUGGAGCAUCGCCCGGAAGCAGUUUCGACGGUCGGACACGCUGCAUGUAUACUCGCCCUCGAUGCAUCAGCUGCGUAAAGCCACCUCGUUCCAUUCCCGCAGCAACAGCGGUGGCUCCAAUCCGGACGAGAUUGUGGCUGCUCCCAUCAUUCGGCACAGCAGCGUACGGCACACACAUAUCUAUCCGCGCGAGUAUCUGGUGAAGCAGGACAGCGGUGGAGGCGUCAGCAGCGGCGGUGGUGAGGACGACGAUGAGGAACUGACGGUGGCGGCGGCAGCUGCAGCAGCGGCGGCCAACUAUCGCCAACAUUCGCCCAAUGUGAGCGCCAAUCGUCGGAACUGUCAUAUGCAUCGCUCGUUCAACGAUCAGCAGAAGCGCAAUGCGGCCUUUUUAAGACGAGACUCGGUAAAGUUUCAUUCCCUCGGUGAGGACAUUCCCGCGGAGGUUGUGGAUCGGAGUCCACGCGAGACGAAAAAGUUUAGCUCAGCCAACGCAUCGCUGGAGAACGAAAUCUAUCGAUCGCGCAGUAAUAGCCGCACGGACAAGAAGGGUGAAUCGUUUUCUGAGUUUGUUAGCCGGCAGAACAGCAAGAAGUACAACCAGAAGAACAGUACCACCAGUCUCGAUCAGGCGCUCCCGUACGUGGGUGGCAGUGGCGGGGGAAGCUUUCGGCGCUCGCUGAUCCAGCACUCGAAUGCACACCUGCUUAGCCCAAAUCCCCCGUUUCUGGACGACUUUAAGCCUCAAAAAUCGCCCAUCUUCGAUCAGAAAAAGUCCUACUCGUUGCGGUACAAAAAUGGGCGCCAAGAUGCACGGGAAAACUUUAAGGCGAAAAAGUCGAAAAGCUUCAUCGUCGAUCUGGAACCACCGCCACCGGCGAUCAUCAGUGCAACCGGGAGUCCCUACCGUAAGGACAGUAUGGCGUUCACGCCCGAGGAAGCGGACAAGAUUUACAAAGCGUCCCGGAAGCUGUCCUCCAACCUUAUGCUGGACGACAUCGGCCGCACGGAGAUAUCGCCCAUCCCGAUGGAUAUCAUGGACAUCAACUACGGGGUGAUCAUGAAGACGUACCAGAUGAACCGCCAAAAGUCGCUCGGUGCAUCGCGCAAGGGUCGUCGAAAGUUUGCCGACAAAAAGCUGGCGGGCAGCAGCUUCGACGACGAUACCGAGUCGUCCAAAAAGCGUAAACGCAUCGUCUGCAUCGUUAUGACUGUCUUCCUCGUGCUCGCACUGUUUAGCGUGCUGGCCGUACUGGUGACACUCACGCAUACCAGUGCCGGUGGCUCUAGCUCGUCCACGCAAACCAAGACCCAGUACACGUUCGCGCGCGACACACCGAUCCACGCCAUCCCGACCUACAUGGUAUCGAAGGACUCGCCCAAACACUACAACGGUGCCAAUUGAUGCGGCAACUUCAGCCGCUCCCGUCCGCUGAAUGCACCGGUGUCACGGUGGCAGGCACGCGGCAGCGGUCACGGGAGCGGCGGUGCGGUUACGUCCGACGGCAUCAUCUGUCUGGUGGAGCAGCACAGUUAGUAGCGCCUGGGGCGACGUCGUCGUCGCAGGCGUAGUGUUGUAGCGGUUAGCCAUACGAAUGGAACGAGCAGGAACAGUGGCAACAGCACCACCACCACCACCAGCG